UAAUUUGCUGAAGAACAUUUUUUCAUUUAUAAGGGUUCAAUUUAUUUUUGCACCCUAGUCAGUUUUUUAACCCCGUCUCAUCACGGAGAAAAGUUACCGAUUGGCACACAGCCUAACUCUGAAAAUAGUUAUGAAAGAUUAAAAGACAACCGGUUCUUUGAAAAGGGCGUCCAUCUCUAACUAGCAACGGUGCCAUCUGUUGUUCGUGAGCAGAAAACAUAAGCGACGACAUUCGCUCAAAUGGAAAUAUCCCACUUACGUACGUAUGUACGUAUGUACUUGCAUAUGUGCGAAUUUGUGACAAUAAACUCUACUAUUAGCAUUCGGCAUGGUAAAGUUCACUACCAACCAAAUAUUGGUUUUUGCCACUCUUCUUCUGGUGGCAGGAAAAGCUCACGGAUGAGCGUAGAUGUCAAAAAUCGAUAAAAAUUUAUCGCUAGAUGAAUAUAAAGGAGCAAACACAAUCUUCAUAUGCUCGGGUAAUAUCACAAUAUUAUGCACCCCAUACACGACCACUUGAACGCAUCAAUCAUAAACCAACUCCAACAUGGGUUUAGAGCGCGUAACAAUGACUCGUUUCUCUACGUUGAGAAAGAAAUCGGAACGCCACGCUCAUCGUUACCCGAUAGCGUGCCGGCUAUGCGAGGGUAAGCACCCAAUCCGUCUAUGCCCAGUAUAUCGAGCAAUGACCCCGGAAGAGCGUUUGCGAGAGGUCCUGUUAGGGCGGUUCUGCGGCAAUUGCUUGUCGAUGACGCAUCGUGUACAAAGGUGCACCAGCCGCGAUCGAUGCCGCCGAUGCCAUGACAAGCACCAUACGACGCUGCACAUCGACGAAGAGCCCGUUGACCGGAGACCGUGGAGCCAGCAGGUUGCCAGCGAAGAGGAAAGAGACAACGUACUCUCGAUAUACGCGUCAGACUCCGGAACGGAUUCCCGAACCCGCCGCCCUGAAAUCGAAGAGGGCGAAAUAAUUGAGCCUGUAGCGGAAGCGAAUUUUCCAAUAUCGACGGGGGGAUCGGAAACCCGGACUUUCCGACUCCCGUUAGCACAUAAAAGGCGACAACAUCAACGAGCACCGCAGCGUCGCGGAGCGGAGACUCGGUCUUUCCGCCGGCGAUCCAUACGCAAAAAGGCUACCGGUCAAGAAGGACAACGGCAACGGGCACGACAGCGCUGCGGAGCGGAGACUCGGUCUCUCCGCCCGCGGUCCAUACGCCAAAAGGCUACCGGUCAAGAAGGACAACGGCAACGGGCACGACAGCGCUGCGGAGCGGAGACUCGGUCUCUCCGCCCGCGGUCCAUACGUAAAAGGGUUUCCCGUCAAGGAAAACAACGACAGCGCCGUGGAGCGGAAACUUGGACUUUCCGCCCGCGGGACACAAACAACGUGGCCUCAAGACGCGAUGAACGACGGGGUGGACUGGUGACUCGGCCUCGCCAGCUACCCGUCGCCUUUAGAUCCGGCCAAGUAACGCUAGCCGCUCAGGGCUUGAGACCAUUUACGGCAAUUUCCCUUACAGCCAUAGUAAAGAUAGAAUCUAGAGGACGCUCACACCUCAUACGCGCCUUAAUUGAUGUGUGCGCGCCAGCGUCUAUAAUAUCGGCUAGUCUGAUGCGAGAAUUGGGCUUGGAGGAGAGUGGCUUCGGGCACCAACGAAGCUGCAUGAUUCGGCUGAGAGGAAAACAUGGGCAGGGCGCCAGGCUGGCGAUCCACGCAGCAGUAGUCGGUAACUACGUGCAGCUGAGCCCCACCGUUAGCGUUGACUGCUCGAUAGCUACGGCAUAUGCCAAUAUUCGGUUGGCAGAUCCAAAUUUCUUCUCAUCCGCUCCGAUCCGCUUGGUGCUGGGGGCAGACGUCUAUCCGGAGAUUAUUCUUCCGGGCACCCUGCCUACCUCCUUCGGCCCUCUCGUGGCACAAAAUAGCAUCUUCGGCUGGCUACUGUCAGGGGCUUGCCGAUCCUGAAUCACUGCAAUAAAAUAUACUUACCUUUUUACAUUUUCAAAAUUUCUCGUCGGUUAUGAAUUACAAACUGCAAUAUAUAUUUUGAAUUUUGAAUAAAUACAUAUACAAUUGUGCACUGAAAUGUCAAGCCAUGUCCUGUUUUAUUUAAUCUCUUAUCUCCCACAGCCUGAGAAAUCCGAAACGAGCAUCAAUGGUGAUGACUACGUAUCCAGCUCAAUCAAGAUUUCAUUUAACAAUUUUUUAAUAUUUACAAUUCCUUUAAUUGCUCAUGUGAGGGAAUGGUGGCUGACUCGACUUACUGCUGUUGCUUAUAGCAAGGGGGCCGGCAUGUUUAGGCCUCCAUGCUAAACCAAAUACUUAAAAGGGUGAACCACCCUAAUGUAAAAUUGCAUAAAUGUGCAACGGAUGCACAUAUACAUAAAUAGCCUGAUUAAUGCUAAGCCGUUAGCAUGUACAUAUAUUAGUUUACCGCUUGAAUAUAAAACUUCGUUAAGUUUCCCCUCCAAACAGUUUGUUGCUUGGAGGUCAAACUUAACUGCUCAAGAUUAAGCUCGGUCACUUCUAUCGAGCACUUCGACCACACCGGAAGCGAUCCAGCCACCACUCCUGCGUACUUCUCAAGGUAAUAUUGUAUACCAAAAACCACAAUACACAUUUCACCAAUUUGACUAAUAAAGCCACUUUGUUAUAUAUAUUGAAUUAAUCCGUGGUGUUUGCCUUUGAUUAUUUCAUUUCAAAAUUAAACCCUUGGUGCAACUACGAGCGACAUUGCCCCAAGGCG